AUGUCUACUACUAGUAGUAAAGAGGGAAAAGGGAUAGGAAUAGAUUUAGGUACAACUUAUAGUUGUGUUGGUGUUUGGGUAAAUGAUAGAGUUGAAAUAAUACCAAAUGAUCAAGGAAAUAGAACAACACCUUCUUAUGUUGCUUUUACUGAUACUGAACGUUUGAUUGGUGAUGCAGCUAAGAAUCAAGUUGCUAUGAAUCCACAUAAUACUGUUUUUGAUGCUAAAAGAUUAAUUGGUAGAAGAUUUAGUGAUCCAUCUGUUCAAAGUGAUAUGAAGUUGUGGCCUUUUAAGGUUUAUUCAGGUCCAGGUGACAAACCUAUGAUCGAGGUAACUUACAAAGGUGAAAAGAAGCAAUUUUCAGCUGAGGAGAUUUCAUCCAUGGUGUUAGUCAAAAUGAGAGAAACAGCAGAGUCUUUCUUAGGAUUCAAAGUGAAAAACGCGGUCGUAACGGUGCCUGCUUACUUCAAUGAUUCACAAAGACAAGCAACUAAAGAUGCUGGUGCUAUUUCUGGUAUGAAUGUUUUAAGAAUUAUAAAUGAGCCUACUGCUGCUGCUAUUGCUUAUGGUUUAGAUAAAAAGGCUUCAAGAAGAGGUGAACAAAAUGUACUCGUUUUCGAUUUGGGAGGCGGAACGUUUGAUGUGUCGAUUUUGACUAUUGAAGAAGGGAUAUUUGAAGUUAAAGCAACUGCAGGGGAUACACAUUUAGGUGGUGAGGAUUUUGAUAAUAGGUUAGUGAAUCAUUUCGUGACGGAGUUUAGAAGGAAACAUAAGAAGGAUUUGAGUGGAAAUGCUAGAGCAUUGAGGAGAUUGAGGACCGCGUGUGAGAGGGCGAAGAGGACUUUGUCGUCCACGACUCAAACGACUAUUGAAGUUGAUUCGUUGUUUGAAGGGAUUGAUUUUUAUGCUACGAUUACUCGAGCUAGAUUCGAGGAAUUGUGUAUGGAUAUGUUUAUGAAGUGUAUGGAGCCUGUUGAGAAGUGUUUAAGGGAUGCUAAAGUUGAUAAAUCUCAAAUUCACGAAGUUGUUCUUGUUGGCGGAUCGACUCGGAUACCGAAAGUUCAACAACUAUUGCAGGACUUUUUCAAUGGGAAGGAGCUUUGCAAGAGCAUAAAUCCAGACGAGGCAGUCGCGUAUGGGGCGGCAGUUCAAGCAGCUAUCUUGACUGGUGAAGGUGAUGAAAAAGUUCAAGAUUUGCUUUUACUUGAUGUUACACCAUUGAGUCUUGGACUUGAAACUGCUGGUGGUGUUAUGACAACUUUAAUACCACGAAACACGACGAUCCCAACGAAAAAAGAACAGAUUUUUUCGACUUAUUCGGAUAGUCAACCAGGUGUACUAAUCCAAGUGUAUGAAGGUGAAAGAGCAAGAACAAGAGAUAACAAUCUUCUUGGGAAAUUUGAACUCUCUGGUAUCCCUCCAGCACCAAGAGGGGUUCCGCAAAUCAAUGUCACGUUUGAUAUAGACGCGAAUGGGAUACUAAACGUGACCGCGGAGGACAAGACUGCAGGGGUGAAGAACAAGAUUACAAUUACAAAUGACAAAGGGAGAUUGAGUAAAGAUGAAAUUGAUAGAAUGGUAAGAGAUGCUGAGAGGUAUAAAUCUGAAGAUGAAGAAGUGAAAAAGAAAGUUGAAGCAAAAAAUGGACUUGAGAAUUAUGCAUAUAAUAUGAGGAAUACAAUAAAAGAUGAGAAAAUUGCAAGUAAAUUGAGUGUUGAGGAUAAAGAAAAGAUUGAAACUAGUGUGCAAGAAACUAUUGAGUGGCUUGAUAAGAACCAAUUGGCUGAAGUUGAUGAACUUGAAGACAAGUUGAAGGAACUUGAAGGGAUAAGUAAUCCUAUAAUUGCAAAAAUGUAUCAAGGCGGUGGUGAUGGCGGUGGUGGUGGUCCGAUGGACGAUGAUCAAAUGCCCGGUGGUGGUACCACUACUGGGCCCGGUAUGGGACCUAAGAUUGAAGAAGUUGAUUAGAUGUUGCAAUAGAUUGAAAUAGUUUGAUGUUUGUUUGUUUCAACUUUUUUUUUUGGUAGUUAUGUUUGAUCUUGUUUUUAGGUGUGUAAAGAAUGUUUAUAUGUUUGGACUUUAGAAGUUGGUUUUUAGUUUCUUGUUGUAAUAAUGAAUAUGUUUAUGCUAUUUGUGUUUGUAAGUUGA